GUUCAGUUUCAGCUUUUCACACUAAGCUUUGCUGUACAGCUUAAAUUCCAGCUGAGUCUUGCAACUGCACAGACUCGAUUAGCUUGAGUGCUGUUUUACUAAAUUUUACUAUUUUUGGGUGACUGGGUUCUUGGCAAUAACGCCUGUAACCAAACAACGUCUGCUGGCUACACACGACACUGAAGGUUCAGUCCCUGACCUUUGCUUUCCAAGGCUUUUAUUUGACAAGCGUGGUUUUAGGUUCUCUUUGUGACCACUUCCUGUUCUUCCCCUGUGACGCAUUAUGAGCAAAAAAAAAAAAAACCCCAUUCAUUUGACUCUUUUUAAAUCGAGUGUAUGUUUGUUUGUGCAGAUGACCCGAGGAAGCCUUGCAGUAGGUUUCAUUGGAUUGUUGUAACCUCUGUUUAGCCAUUAGAUGGUAAUAUCAUACCAUUAGAGGAGCAGCUGUGUGUGGACAAAGUCAUAACCUGCUUAUAUUAAAUAUCAAAAGCGAGAGUCAAAACAAGAAUGUCAUCCUUUCCUGGAUAUCUGUUUCCUCCAACUCAACCAGCUUUUCUUCCUCCAUUAACAGAGUGUUCCUCCUCUGAGGGCACAUUAAGACAUUUACUGUUGUUGGAAUGCUUCCUAAAACGCUGUGUGCCCUCCAUCACCAUGGGUGGUUUUAAGUGGCGCACCAGUGAGUCACACAAUCCUAUAAGGUGGCUGCGGGGCCGACGGGUAGAGAAAAGUGUGAGUGACUCACUGAUGGUGAGUGGGUGGUCAGGUACCGAGGCUCACUUCAUGAGCAGAGGAGAUAAUAACACACCGUCUGUACAUCUCCAUUCCCAUUUGGGUUUGAAAAUAGUCAGCCCACCCCAGCUGUUAGUCAUUACGCCUUGUGGUGUAGAGGAGGGAGGGCGUCUGUCAGCGGGCAGAUAAGGAGAGGAGGGCUUCACGCCGUGUUUUUCAGGCGAGCGUUUGCCGCUCUGAAAGUUGCUGUGCGCCUCAUUAAUCAGUGUGUUUGUGUGCGAGGUUUUAUCUGGGACCGCUGUCCUGUGGCAGAAACUCGCUGCGACUGCUAAUGUUUCUCUGUAGUUAAUUAGUGGAAACACAGAGUUGUUUCAGAUUUUUUUUUAAGAAUUGUAUAUAACUUUUGAUGUGCGUCGUUUGUUUUAUUCCAAUCGGCCUCUCGGAUGAGCUGCGGUUUUAUUCCAUUCCCUGUUUCUCCCUAACAAUAGAGGUCAGAGGUCAAGCACAGAUUCAGGAGCAGAAUGGGUGUUUUUCCACUGUACUGGCACACUGACCCAAAUCCUUAUCAUCCUGUUGAGGGAGGGUGUUUGUUUUGUUUAGUUUGUCAGGAAAGCACUUAUAUAUAUGUGUGUGUGUGUGUGUGUGUGUGUGUGUGUGUGUGUGUGUGAAAUACAUGUUUACACUGUCUUUAACGGUUUGCAGCAGCAGGACACUGAACAGCAUUAGUUGGAUAAAGUUUACUGCCCUCCCAGACACAUGUUUCCCUCGGUUCUCUUCUGAGCGGGUACCAGGAGUGUUUACUCUCCACCGGUGUGUCUCACCUUUUUGCAAAUGUUCCACUGGGAGGUGGGUGAGGGCGGUGGGUGAGAGCAGUAGGAGUUUGUAACCUGCCCAGAGACACAGAUCACAGACACACAUUCACUUGUCAUACUGCAGAUUCAGGAAACAGAAUAUUUGCUGUCAGUCGUUCUUUUCUUCCUUCCUUUCCUCCCACAUUGCUCCCCCCCCCUCUCUCCCUCCUCCCUCCCCCCUCUCUCCCUCCCUCCUCCCUCCCUCCUCUCUCACUUGAAAGUGUCGUGAACGCGCUCAGUAGGCAGCUAUUAAAGGGGCGGACUUUGUAGGCGCGGUCACGUCCGCAGUGGCUCCGGUGGUUUUGACUGUCACAUAAAAGUGCGCGUCCCACCGGCCGACCGGCGGAACUCUGCCUCUUCUCUCCGUGGAACCGGAUCGGAGCUGACCGACACCGGGAAGAUCGGAACCAGCGACACAACAGACAAAGCCAGCCUGAAGGCGCCCUGAUCGGGGAUCAGAGAAACACAUGAGAGCAGCGGAUAUCCACUGCUGACACCACCUACAACCCAGAGAAAUCCUCGGUAGCCUCCACCUUACUGUGGCCUGCCUUGCGUGGGAUGCUGGAGAGAGUGGGAGAGCAGGAGAGGAGAUUUGGUGCCACUUUGGUGCAACAGUAAGAGGUGUGGCAUAGUCAAUCAUGGGGGAUUCAAUCUUCACCUGCUGUUAUGUUCCACCCAAUCCCCCAGGCGAGGGGGAGCCCCCAAGGUCCAGACGCACGGAGAUCAUGGCCUCCCAGUCCACUCACAUCCCCUCCGACAAGCGCUUCCUCAUCUUCUUUGACUUCGACGAGACCAUCGUGGAUGAGACCAGCGACGACAUGGUGGUGCAGGCCGCCCCGGGUCAACACCUCCCGGGCUGGCUGAAGGACACCUACCAGCCCGGCCGCUACAACGAGUACAUGCAGCGGGUGCUGGCCUACCUGGCGGAGCAGGGCGUCACCGAGAGCGACAUGCGCAACGUGAUGGAGAAGCUACCGGCCACCCCCGGCAUGAUCACCCUCUUCCAGUUCCUCCGCACCCGGCCCCAGUGGGACUUUGAGGUGGUGCUGUUGUCCGACGCCAACACCUUCUUCAUCGAGUCCUGGCUCCGGCGCGCAGGGGCCCGCCAGCUCUUCCACCGGAUCUUCACCAACCCAGCCACCUUCAACAAGGACGGCCGGCUGGUGAUGAAGCCCUUCCACUCCCACGACUGCCCGCGGUGCCCCGACAACAUGUGCAAGCAGGUGGUGGUCAGGGACUAUGUGGCCCGCAGGACGCAGGAGAGGGGCCGUCCCUACCAGAGGCUCUUCUACGUUGGGGACGGAGCCAACGACUUCUGCCCGGCGCUCUCCUUCGGACCCCGGGACGUGGUUUUCCCGCGGCGGGACUUCCCCAUGCACCGACUGAUCACGGAGACCCACGAAGCCAUGCCCGGGGAGUUCAAGGCGGUCACGGUCCCGUGGGUGAGCGCGGAGGACGUGGUGCAGCGGCUGAGGAAGCUGGUGACAGAGUAGAGGGGGGGUCACACACUAACAGAGAGACAGAGGUGGUGGGGGGGGGCAAAGGAGACCAUUAAUGGGCCAGUUGACACUAAUAGUCAUAUUCUCAGGUAAAAUAGUCCCAGAAAGUAAAGUUCAAGGCAAUAAAAUCAUCUGUACUGUCAGUAAAAAGCAAAGUAAAGAGUGUCUAUCUUCAACAUCAGCAGGGUAAUGAUUAUGGAGACCUGCCACUGUCACCCAAAGACAGGAACUCAAUGACAAAUCCAAUGCUUUGUUUAAAAAAAAAAAAAAAAGAUUAGUAAGCAUAUAACUUUGCAGUUUGAGGGCAUCUGCAUAAUAAAUUCCCUUCAAUGGGACUCUGUGUUAAACCGGGUCAGCUGGGGAAUCUGUGUGACUGCUUUAAUUAGCAAUAUUUAAAAUUGUUAUGGACAAUUAUGUCAACCAAGUGACUGGUUGCGCUCAAAUAACAAUUAUAAGUGUGUUUUCUUACAAACUGCACUUUUUAUUGAAUAUGAAAUAUUAAAUUAUAGACUCAUAAACAGUCCUGUGUACUCCUAUCUAUAUUUGUUCAGCUUUGUUAUGUCUAUUCUUGUAUACGUUCAUUGAAAGCAAUAUAAAACCUGCAGUAAAAUCCCUUGUAUGUGUACAUAUUUGGCCAAUAAAGCUGAUUCUGAUUCAAUAAAUGAACACAGUACACUGCCAUGUGGUGGAAACGGGCAUUUCAACAGAUUAUUUUUAUCAAUUUCUCAGAGAAUAUAUGUCUGAUUUUGAAAUGUAUGACUUAAGUUGUAAGAGUGUGUUUGUUUGUUGGACUUGUUUAUCGGUCUGUGUCUUUACGGUGUAGGCCAGGCCUACUGAAGGAAAUAUUAAACACCAGCAGGAAUAAAGCCAUCAACUGAAA